AAGGAAUAUCUGGGUUCAAGGCUAGAAGCUGACCUAACAUUGGCUCCACAGGGCUCAGGUGGCCUAGAAGGUUGUCUGGGUUCAAGGCUAGAAGCUGACAUAUCAACUGUACCUUCAAUUCACCUUCAUAAUCCAAUGUUUAUGGGAAAUUCUGGAAACGUUAAUGGUAGAACUUUUAAUUUAUCCAAAGAAAGUGCGUUAAAAAGGAUAAUGAUCAUGAAAAGGUACAUCGAGUUCUGGCCAAAAAUUUACGUUGGAACUUCACGGUUCAUUUACAUGAUUGCAAGUGGAGUAAACCUUGCAAUUAUUUAUAAAUUUGAACCUAAUUUGAGACAACAAAAAUACAAGGUUAUCGGCGACGUUGAAGGCGUAGAUUCUAUCCUUG